AUGAAUUCUAAACAGCAGACAGUGAGACUAAAUGAUGGUCACUUCAUCCCUGUACUGGGCUUCGGUACCUAUGUACCUCAAGGGGUACCCAAAGCUAAGGCUACAGAAGCCACCAAAAUAGCUAUAGAUACAGGUUUCCGGCAUAUUGAUUCUGCUUUUAUAUAUCAAAAUGAAGAGGAGAUAGGACUGGCCAUCCGAAGCAAGAUUGCAGAAGGCACUGUGAAAAGAGAAGAUAUAUUUUACACAACAAAGCUUUGGUGUACUUUUCACCGUCCAGAACUGGUGCAGCUUUGCUUGGCGCAGUCACUGAAGAAACUCCAGUUCCACUAUGUGGACCUGUACCUCAUUCAUUUCCCAGUGCCUCUGAAGCCAGGAGAAAAUUAUCUUCCAACAGAUGAGAAUGGGCAAUACAUAUUUGACACAGUGGAUCUCUGUGCAAUCUGGAAGGCCAUGGAGAAGUGUAAGGAUGCAGGACUGGCCAAGUCCAUCGGGGUGUCCAACUUUAACCGCAGGCAGCUGGAGAUGAUUCUUAACAUGCCAGGGCUCAAGCACAAGCCUGUAUGCAACCAGGUAGAAUGCCAUCCUUAUCUCAACCAGAGAAAACUUCUGGAUUUCUGCAAGUCAAAAGACAUUGUUAUGGUUGCUUACAGCGCUCUGGGAAGCCAACGAGAACAUAUAGGGGUGAACCAAAAUAUCCCAGUUCUUUUGGAUGAUCCAGUUCUUGGUUCCAUGGCAAAAAAAUACAAGCGAACUCCAGCCCUGAUAGCUCUUCGCUAUCAGCUGCAGCGUGGGAUUGUGGUCCUGGCCAAGAGUUUCACUGAGAAGAGGAUAAAAGAGAACAUGCAGGUUUUUGAUUUUCAGUUGUCUUUGGAGGACAUGAAAGUCAUUGAUGGCCUGAAUAAAAAUGUGCGAUACCAAAGUUUCACAAUGUAA